AUGGAGCAGACAGCUGUGCCCCCCGCUGCUGCUGCUGCUGCUGCUGCUGCUGCUGCUGCAGCCCCGAAGCCGCGGUUCUGCACAGGGCGCUGCACCACUUCUUGUCUUGUUUAUUUAUUUAUUUAUUUUAUUUCAAUUUAUUUUUGCUGCUGCCUUUCUCUCAAAGUUCCUGCUGCGCUGCUGCCAGCAGCAGCAGCACUCCCGAACCUCGUGGCCCUCGCCAUUCUCUACAAGGUCUUUGGAAAGGGCUCGACGCUGAAGCAGAGCCUCCUUGUUGUCCUUUCGGCGCUCUGCGUGAUAAUCCCCUUUUUGCUGCUGCUGCCGCUGCUGCGGCAGGGCUGGCUGCUAGUGGUGAGCCUGCUGGACGUUGCUGCUGCUGCUGCUGCUUCUGCUGCAGCAGCAGCAACAGCGCCAGCAGCAGCAGCAGGAGUCCUCAGCCUCGUGAGGCCCGGCUUCCUCCUCUGGGCCCUGCUGGACUCCCUGCUGCUGACAGCUUUGCUGCAGGAGCUUUUCAAAUUUGCUGCUGCUUUCCAGCUGCGGCACAAGGUGUACGUACACCCUAGCAGCCUGCUGCUCUUCUACACCGCACUCGCCGCCAACACCUUUUCCCUCGCAACUGGCACACAUGAUGCUUUCCGCCUCGCCGGCCAACUCGCCGGGGGGCCCCCUGGGGGCCCCCCGGGGGGCCCCCAGGGGGGCCCCCAGGGGGCCCCCCAGGAGGCGCAGCGGCUGGGGGCCCUUUGGUCCUUUUGUGUCUUUCACGGAGGGUACGAGUUGCCCAGCCAAAUACUCACUGCAGCACUGAUUGCAUGCAAUGUAAGCAGCAGCAGCAGCAGCAGCAGCAGCAGCAAGACCGGAGGAAGCAGCUUUAUUCAGAUCAUCCAAGGCCCAGUUCUGCUGCAUGCAAUUCCCGCAUUUUGUACACAACUCGCCCGGCACAUCAGCCAAAACGUGGCAAUGAGGUUUCUGUGGGGCCGCCCGGCGGAAGCCGUUGCUGCUGCUGCUCUGCGGACUGUAGCAGCAACAGCAGCACUUUGUCACUUUUUUUCAAUUAUGGUGAUGAUCGUCAGUCUUCUAAUUGCUGCUGUUGCAUGCAGAAAGGCUUAUCUUCGUGCUGCAGUAGCAGCAGCAGCAGCAGCAGGUCCGGCCAGCCCUGUGGGGGCGCCGCGGCUGCUGUUCAGUUUGAAGGAUCUGUUUGGCCAGGAGGAAGAAACGGAAGAAAGUGCUGCGCUGCUGCCGAAGGAAGCUGCGGAUCUGGCCCCCGCAGACCUCCCCGCCGCGGACGAGGCGUUUAUUAAGGUAAAUGGGCGCGAAAAGAUGAAAGAAAUCGGAAAACGAAAAACAAAAUUAAAAAUAAUUUUGGGCGUUUUAAAAUUCAAAUUGCAACUCUUUUCAAACGCAAACGACCCAACUCAGGAAACGCUCACCGCCCACUUCGGGCCUGCGGUGUACGCGGAGUACCAGAGGAUCGGCCGCGAGCAGACACCCGAAGACCCCCAGACCCAGCUGGUCCGAAACGUCGUCAAGCUAAUCAAGCAGCAGUUCCACAGGCUGGCGGAAGUUUGCGACACGGACGUGAAGCCCCAGUGGUCACACUUCCUAGCUGUGGCGGCGCUUUCGAAGCAAAUGAAGACGUCCCCUGCAAAGAUGAACAGUCGUGCAAGAAGCUGGAGGUGGGCGCGGCGGAAAGCUGCGAAAAUGAAGCAAAAUAAAUGA